AUGAGUAAAUUGCACGUAGAAGCACAAACAAAGCCUAUUUAUCAUGACCCAUGGGCCAAAAGAGAAGCUUGGCGUAAACAUCCUAUCUUCUCCAAAACAUCCAAUUUCAGAGCCAUGUUCCCCGGUUUAGGUAUCGCCACUGUCGCUUUUGCAGCCUACUGUACUUACGAACAUUUCUUCAUGGAUAAGAAGAGCCAUCAUUAA